AAUGCAUCUGCUUGAGCCCGAAAACAAUAUCAAAAUAUUUUUAUUUUCUAUUUUAAUGGCCAUGAUGAGCUUGCAAACAGCACCAUCUCAUGUGUUGUGGAUUAAAUCCUUCCCAAGUUGGUGUCCAUUGAUAAGAUCCCAUAAAGCAUCAAAGCUCUCAGCACAAUCUAAAAACAAGAAUGCCACUCCUCACAGAUUCGGAGGAACGAACUAUCAGUAUCACCACCCUGUUAAAUUUCGCAGAGAAAGAACGAGAACCAGAGCGACCCUUGAUGACACUGAAAGAGAACAACUUUCCUCAACCCCACUUGUUGUUGAGGACGACAAACCCAGCAAGGAAGUAGAGGAAAGUGUAAAAGUGCUAAAAGAUGCAGCUAAGACGAGAAAGGUAGCAGCAGAGAAGAUUCUGUCUGCACUUUCUGUCAUUGAGAAAGCGAAAAUUGAUCCUUCUGGCUUUCUUGAAACCCUGGGUGGCAAUGAAUCCCCUGGGAGGACAUGGAUGCUAAUUUUCACCGCUGAGAAACAAUUGAAGGGGGGUCGAUAUUUUCCUCUCACAGCUAUUCAGAGGUUUGAUGCUGCUGCAAAGAGGAUUGAAAAUGGUGUAUACCUUGGACCGAUUGGACAAUUAACAUUCGAAGGACGGCUUUCAUGGAAAAAGAGAAUACUGGCUUUCAUUUUUGAGAACCUUAGAAUAAAAGUUGGACCCUUAGGACCUUUACAGAUCAACCUAGGGAAAAAGGAAGACAGGGAACCAAGUACUAAGGAUCCUUUCUUCAUCUGGUUUUAUAUUGAUGACGAAAUAGCUGUUGCCCGUGGCCGAGGUGGAGGAACUGCAUUUUGGUGUCGCUGUAAACGCGUGUACACUUGAAUCUUCCAAGAUUCUUCUCUUCUGUGUAGAUAAAUUUAAGGUUCAGUGAAACUUAUUUAUACUUAUGCUGUAUAUAUACUUGUUCACAUAAAACUCAUGAUACAUAAAUUGCCACUUGUGUAAGAAAACACAGUUUUUAUUGGUUGACUUGUUUAA